AUUGUUCAUCUGGUAUGGGGGAAAUCUGCAUACGAGGUGAUCUCUUCUACACUCCUCGCUCAACAAGCCUUCCCUUUUUUUUCAGCUAGCUUUGCUCCAAAGAUUAUAGUAAGUCAAUCCGUGCAGCAUUCGAGAAGAGAUCCAUCUCUCAAAAUAAAAAGGGCAAGCAAAAGGGAGCAUCAUUUGUGGAUGAAGAGAGAUUCAGCCGGGUCUGGACAAAAAGCUCUGAAUCUUGUCCAUACUAAACUUCCCAAUGAGAAAGAGGUUAUUUAUGGUAUGUUGGACAAGUGGAGUGCUUUUGAAACUGAAUUUCCUGUUAUUGCUGCUGCAAAAGCCAUAAUGUUUCAUGUCUAUGGACAAAUCCAUGGUUUUAUUGUUGACAAAUUACUUGUAUUCAAGAAAAUUUUCAUCAAUUGAAUAACCAUGCUGUCACUAGAUUUUAGUUGAUUAGCUUUAACAAGUCAAUUCAAUAAACUUCCCAAGAAAUCCAAUAAAAAUUCAGAAGUAGAGCAGUUAGCAGCUUCAAGACAAAAGAUUUCUUAUGGAUUUAUUAACUGGCUUGUUCAAUAACCAUUAUGAUGCAGCAUUAGCACUUUGCAGACCAAAUAAGUUUUGAUGUUUCGACAUUUCGUGUAAAGCACAUUUUGAUAACAUUUUCUUAUUUGGUUUUUGCAUG